GCAACUUACAAUUCGAGUCGGAAGUAACACGCCUACGAGUAGCGUCAUUCGCAGAAAUGUCCUUCCAGUGUUUAUCUACUUAAUUCUUCAAUGACGUAUGAACAUCAGCUGUGUUGCUAAAAGCAACUGUAUUUAUCCAGGCUAAUUAACUACUUAUGCCUUAAUGAUCGUACUUCGUACCUGCUCACAGCUUCGUUGAUUUUUCCUUUGUACCUAUCGUAUUAUUUAGUUCGACGUGACUCAGAUUCAAUUCCUCACACCGCCACGCCAUAUUGUCCGUAUUUCUCAUUCUCAAUUUACAAAAAUGUCUCAAGGUCGGAACCAUUCCCACAUAAGUUCUUGUUUGAAAUGGACCCUCUUCAUGUUCAACUUUAUAUUUUGGGUGUGUGGGUUGUUGCUGUCCGCAGCAGGUGCGUAUGGCAUGUACUUCACAGCAGUUGAGUCAUGGGAUGGCAAAGGCUCCCUUGAGACUGCAUACAUUGUCAUCACGGAUCUGUCGGGGGUUCUUCUAGCUCUUGGUGCCAUCAUUUGGAUUGUCUCCUUCUCUGGCUGUGUGGGAGCUCUGCGAGAAAACCUUUGUCUGCUGCGCCUUUAUUUCUGGAGCGUGACAAUCUUCCUGAUCCUGGAGCUGAUCAUCGCAAUAGCCUUCCUCGUAUUCCCGUGGAAGUCCCGUGAGAUCAUGGAGCUGAUCUUGUCUGAACGCUUGAUAGAAGACUACAGGGAGAGCGACAACACCAAGGACUUGGUCGACACCCUGCAGAUGAAGGUUGGGUGUUGCGGGAUGACGUCACAAGGCUACCUGGACUGGAACAACAACGAGUACUUCAACUGCUCUGUGGGCAAUCCCAGCCCUGAGCGCUGCGGGGUGCCCCACUCCUGCUGCCUCUCGUGGAGCAUGGGCGGACAGCGCGACAUGAUGUGCGGUUACAACAUGCAGAGCCUAAAGGAGAGUGAGGCGUCGGAUGUGAUCAACACUCGCGGCUGCAUGUCAGCCAUCAUCCAGUUGCUGGAGAACAACCUCUACGUGGCAGCGGGCGUCAUCUUUGCCAUCACCCUCUUCCAGAUGUACGUGACUCACCAGGCCAAGACGCUGCUGGACCAAAUAGAGCUGCAGCGAGCCAGGUUUUACGCCCCCCCGGCGCGCGUCUUGGCAAACGGACACAGCUACGGGAAACUUCCCCUCUUGGCCGGUCCGCCAGUCCUCUGAUUCAUUUUAACGAGUCCAGUUAUGAUCUACUUAAAUA